GCUAGCAUAUUCACGAACCCAGAAGGAUGUCCGCUUUGAGGUUUUCUGACAUAUUGGCGAUCUUUAUCACACUGCUUUCUACAGCAUCGAUAUGCCUUGCGGAGGAACAGUCAUAUCCUGAUGAUUGGACUGAUCCAAAUGAUCCCACCUAUCACAAUACUCAUGCGCUUGGGCAGAUUGCUGACAUAGCAAACGGUGUACAGACCUGCGAACACUAUGACCCUACUCUGCGUCUGAUACUCCGGCAAAUGUUCCGAGAACUGGGUGUGGACAUCUCAGAAAAAGCGUUCUUCUCUCGUAAAGCUACGGUGUCACUAUCUUCGUUCAAUAUGAAAAUCGUCGGCUCAUAUCUGGAGAGAGAAACCUUCGAAGAUGAGCUUGCUGUACGGGAGCAAGUGCGUGGAGCAUUGCAUGGCAUGAUCACGGUGGACGACAAAGAAGAUUCCACAUCUAUGUGGCAAAGAUUAAUCACAAUUAUACAACCAUGGAUCUCCCUUCUAAACAUGAUGAUUUUACCUCCAGCAGUUUUCUUUAUUCUGAGAAAUGUCAUGAGUUCACGUUCUCUCCUCAGCUCUAUUGUACUUUUGUUCUUCAUAGUUUCGAUGAUUACGACUUAUAACAGGAUGUACCAGCAGAAGCUAGCGCAUCGCAUCGCUGAAGCUGUGAAGAGGAAGGAGGAUGCAUGCGCACCAAGCACUCUAUUGGAGCAGUCAGUCGAGUACCUUACCAGCUUCUUCACAUUCCGCAAGAAGUCUUCGUGUGUUUCCUUCAUUGAGUCGCAAACCGUAUCUAUCGUUGCUGAAAUCUCGCUUCUCGAUGUCUUCUCCGAUGUUUUAUCCAACUCCUUAUUUGGAGUUUUGGGAAAUCUUGGUCGUCAUACGAAUCGCUUUUUCCGCGAGUUUUUCGACGGUGUACCUAUCCCUGUCAUGCUCCUUAUGGCGAUUAUAUUGAUCUUCUCGACUGUGCGAAUCAAGACUCCUUUGUUUACUUUUGAACCACUGCUUCUCACAAGCUUGCGACAUGCCACCACUUCAAUGAUUCAGUAUAUAGACGGUCCAAGUCAUGGUACUCGAGCAAAUGCAGUAGAAGCUCAUAGACCUUUCAUUCAAGUAGGAGACGAAGACAUGCAAGCUUCAGACAAUCACGCCAUAAACAGAGGAAGAAAUCCGCUGCGCCAUCGCAGGGCGAAAGCCACGGCAAUCCCAGCAGUCUCUUCUGCGGAUACACCCUUGCCUCGAGAGAGUUCGCUGGAUUCUUCACCUAGUUUGUCAUCAAGCCGUUCGAGGAGUUUGCCAAGAUAAUACCAAAGCAUUACUCUUAUUUGUACGUUUUACAUGGAUACUGUGUUUGUAAUUCAAUAAUUCAAUUUGCCAUGAUAAUCAUUUUCGUCUCAUGUGCCCUAGUCUUUUUUAUGCAUUGCAGAGC